GCGAAGACGGUGUGUUCAAAGGAGCUGGACUCCGGUGAAAAAAAAGUCGUGUAUAUUUAUACGUAUAUGGAACCAUAAGUCGUUCAAAUACAUGUACUAUUAGAAAAAUGGCAACGCAAGAGGAAAUUGGUAUUGGAGAUUUGGUUCUUUUAGACGAAAUCACAUUGGAAAAGAUUGUGGAUAAUUUACGAGUAAGAUUUAAUGGUGGUAAAAUUUACACAUACAUUGGAGAAGUAUGUGUCAGUAUAAAUCCAUAUAGAGGUAUAAAUAUAUAUGACAAUGCCUAUAUUAAUAAAUAUAAAGAUAGAGAAUUAUUUGAAAAUCCACCACAUAUUUUUGCAAUUGCUGAUGCAGUCCAUAAAGAAAUGAAACAACAACGCCGUGAUACUUGUAUAGUAAUAAGUGGAGAAUCAGGAUCUGGUAAAACAGAAGCAAGUAAAAUUAUCAUGAAAUAUAUUGCUGCAGUUACUAAUUUAAGUGGACAACAAGAAAUAGAAAGAGUAAAAAAUAUUCUUAUUCAAUCAAAUUCAAUAUUGGAAGCUUUUGGAAAUGCAAAAACAAACAGAAAUGACAACUCAUCUCGGUUUGGAAAGUACAUGAAUAUAGAUUUUAAUUUCAAAGGUGAUCCAAUUGGUGGCCAUAUUACUAAUUAUUUAUUAGAGAAGUCCAGAGUUGUAUAUCAGCAAAAUGGUGAACGAAAUUUUCAUUGCUUUUACCAGUUGUUAAAUGGUUGUAGUGAAGGAGAAUUAAAUAAAUUACGUUUAGUACGAGAUUCAGCUGCAUACUUCUAUGUUGGUGCUGGCAAUUGUAAUAAAGCAAAUUCAAGUGAUAAAACUGAGUAUAAAACAGUUACUUCUGCCAUGUCUACUCUUGGAUUUACUCAAAAUGAAAUGCAAACAAUCUGGAACAUUAUUGCUGGGAUAUUACAUCUGGGUAACAUUACUUUUAAACUUGUUGAGGAUAAACUAUCCAUUGAAAAUAGAGCUGCUUUAAAUGAUACAGCAAAUUUAUUUUCUAUUAGUCCACAGGAAUUAAGUACAGCUCUUACACAAAGAGUUAUUGCAGCAGGUGGAGAAGUUAUGCAAAAAACACAUACUUCAACAGAGGCAGAAUAUGGUAGAGAUGCAUUAGCAAAAGCUAUAUAUGAAAGAUUGUUUGCUGACAUUGUAUCUCGUGUUAAUACCACAAUUAAUGUAAAUGAUGCAGAAAUUAAUAAAAAAUACAGAACAGUAAUUGGAGUACUUGAUAUAUAUGGAUUUGAAAUUUUUGACAUAAAUAGCUUUGAACAAUUCUGUAUUAAUUAUUGUAAUGAAAAACUGCAACAAUUGUUCAUUGAAUUGGUGUUAAAACAAGAACAAGAGGAAUAUAAAAGAGAAGGUAUAGCAUGGAAAAAUAUUGAUUAUUUUAAUAAUCAAAUAAUUUGUGAGUUAGUAGAACAACCACAUAAAGGAAUUAUAGCAAUUAUGGAUGAAGCUUGCCUUAAUGUUGGGAAAGUUACAGAUGAAAUGCUUCUGGGAGCUAUGGAUAAGAAGUUAUUUGAUCAUAAGCAUUAUACUUCUCGACAGUUGAAACCCAUGGAUAAAGAACUUCAACAUAAAAUUCAAUUCAAGAUUAAACAUUAUGCUGGAGAUGUAAUAUAUAAUAUUAAUGGCUUCUUAGAUAAGAAUAAAGAUACAUUAUUCCAGGAUUUUAAACGUUUACUUUACAAAAGCAAUAACUCAAUAAUUAGCAAAAUGUGGCCUGAAGGAGCUCAAAAUAUUUUAAAAACAACAAAAAGGCCUUUAACAGCUGGAACUCUUUUCCGUAAUUCCAUGAUAGAUUUAGUUAAGAAUUUAACAAGCAAAGAACCAUUUUAUGUUAGAUGUAUAAAACCUAAUGAAGUUAAAUCACCAGUUGUAUUUGAUGAAGAAAGAGUAAAUCAUCAAGUACGAUAUUUGGGUCUUCUUGAAAAUGUAUUAGUCAGAAGAGCAGGUUUUGUAUACCGUCAACGAUAUGACACAUUUUUAAAACGGUAUAAAAUGAUAUCUCAAUAUACAUGGCCAAAUUUUAGAGGUGGUAGUGAUAAAGAUGGUGUAUGUACAUUAAUGGAUGAAAAAGGUUUUAGUAAUGAUGUAAAAUAUGGUCAUACUAAAAUAUUUGUUCGCUCGCCUCAAACACUUUUUGCAUUAGAAAAGGCACGUAGUGAUUUGAUUCCAGAUAUUGUAAUAUUACUACAAAAACAAUGGCGAGGAUAUUUAUGCCGUCAAAAAUACAAAAAGAUGAAAGCUGCGCUUAUUAUAAUGAAACAUUAUCGAAAAUAUAAGAUGCAUGCCUAUAUUAAAGAAUUAGAAAAGAUGUUCCAAAAUGCAAAAACUAUGCGAGAUUACGGCAAACAUUUAACUUGGCCUCGUGAAAAUUUUGCUGUAAGACAUAUAAUAUUUGCUUUAAAAAUGAUGUACGGAAGAUGGUGGGCAUGGAUGAUUCUUAGACUUAUUCCUAGAGAAGAUUGGCCUCAGUUACGAUUAAAGAUGGCUGCGGGAGUAGUUUUGCGUUCGAAGCGACUUCAUUGGGGACAAGAUAGACGCUGGGAAGGGAAUUAUCUUUCAAAACCAGACGAAAAUCCUCAAAGUGAUAUUUUUAAUUCUUCAAUAAACAAUCUUCGUAAUACCGACCAUUUUAAAGCAGUCUUAUUUAGUGCAUUUAUUAGGAAAACCAAUAGAUUUAAUAAAUCAAAUGAUCGUGUGUUAGUAGUUACUGAGCAUGCGAUAUAUAAACUCGAAAGUUCUAAAUUUAAAAACAUGAAAAAAGGCAUGCCAAUAAAAGAGAUAACAGGUUUAAGUGUAUCACCUGGCAGGGAUCAACUUAUAACAAUUCAUUCAAAUCGAGGAAAUGAUUUCAUUAUGUCAAUCAUUGCUAAAGAUGACAGAGUUGGAGAAUUGGUUGGUAUUUUAAGCAAUAAAUAUAACCAAUUACGUUCUGCUGAUCUACAAGUUACAGUAGAUGUAAAAUUUAAGUGUAUGCUAGGGAAUAAGAGCAAAAUAUUACGAGUAGAAGUACAUCCUGAAGUUCAUGAGCCAAUGUUCAAAAAAGAUGGUGAUAAUAUUAUAUAUGUUAUUCCACCGUCAGUCGGUAUAAUUGAUGGAAGUACUAAUACAAGGUUUCACUCUAGAACCACUAAUUAAAACGGUGCUGAAGCUGCCUUUUUAAUAUUCUGUUAUAUAUAUUAAAAUUAAAUUAUUCCAUAUGCUAAUAAUGUUGUAACAGAUAUAUAUUUUUUUUUGG